GGAACAUGCGCUAAGAUGAUCUGGUAAAAUGGAUGGACGAGGUGGCUAUAGAAUACAUAGAUCAAGGUCGGCCCUACGGUAAGGGCCGCACUUCCUCCUGUGGCCUGAAAGAGGGAAAACAGAGAGGAGGGGAAGAAGGGAUGCAGGGAAAAACAAGCCGCAGCGGCAGCAGAGAAAGCCUCUCUAUCAAUGGAGCAUCAUACCAUGUCUGAGCUCCGCACGUCAAGCUCAGAGAUAGACUUAGACCGGCCGAACAUUGAAGAGUAUCAGACCGAAUCAAUCCAUGAUACGUCUAAUCAUAAGCUCCUCCUACGCGAUCUGCUCGACAUCUUGCCAGCACUAACAGAAGCCGCAGGGGCCAUCAUUGAUAAAUUGGAAUCUGCAGGGGAGGUUUCAGAUGAGCUGAAGAGUUGUGCUGAUUGCAGGACUGCCAAAAUACCCUCGUGGAAAGGCGGUCUAAAUAGCUGCUCAAUUGCCAGGCCGAACUAACAAUGAAAUAAAGAACAAUUGGAACACUUAUACCAUAGUUGGACAGUCUGUAGUGUUUCUUUUUUCUUUUCUUUUUUUUGGCCACAUGGUUUGCCUACACUGAAUCCACCUCUGUUCAAAUGUCAUAUUUGUGUUAAAAAGCAAAUUUCAAUUGUUCACACUUGUGGGGCAUGGAUGAUUUCAAUGGCUGAGAUUUGAUUUGUGAUGAUGGUUACAGGAAAGUAGCCAUUGAUCCUUUCAAUGAUGUGGUUGGAUUUUUUUCAUUUGGUCUGUUUGGAAUUGGGAACUGACUGAGAAUAAUAUGUUACUUAUCACAUUCCUACUCUUGUUUGUUUUAUGUGUAACUAACGUCAUGAACUAGGAUGUUUCUAACUUUCUCAUAUACACAUUCAUUAAUCUAUUCACGUGUACACAUAAGGGCACAUGUGCCACUCA